AUGGUGGCCCCCGCGCCGCGCGCGACGCUGCAGCAGGCGCUCGUGCAGGCGCUGCUCUCGCGACGCAUCGUGCCGCGCGCCGAGCUGGUGCGGCUGUACACGGAGCUGUGUGGUGCGCUCGAAGUGCCGCCGGACCUCGAUGACGAUCUCGCGGCGCUCCAGCCGCGUGUCGCGGCGGUCGGCCUCGAUGUGCGGACGUGCCACGACCCCGUGUCUGCAGCGCCGUUCGUCGUGCUGACGAAUGCAAAGGCCGAUGCGCUGGCCGAGCUCGCGACGCCGCACUCGCCCGCCGAGCUACAGUACAUCAAGGCCCUCGUCGACGCCGUGGUGCACGCGCCUGACUACCGCUUCGCGGUGCCGUCGACGCAGGCGCUCCAGAUGGCCUCGCAGAUGCAGCCGCCGAUGACGAAGCAGGCCGCGAACGAGCUGCUGCGCAGCCUCGAGCACCGCGGGUGGCUCGUCCUCUCGCGCCGCACCGGCGCCUACGCGCUCUCGCUGCGCGCGCUCGUGGAGCUCGACACCUACUUGCGCAACGAGAUGGACGGGGGCGUGCUCGAAUGCAUGGUGUGCUACACGAUCGUGACUGUCGGCGCGGUGUGCCGCACGCACGGCUGCCGCGGCGCCGUGCACACGUCGUGCGCGGACGCCUACCGUGCGGGGCACACUACGUGCGCACAGUGCGCGCAGCCGUGGGAUCCGCGGCCCGUGGGGGAGGCUGCAGCGGGGGCGGACUAG